AUGGUCGAUCGUGUGAACUUGUCCUUACAGGCAGUAUCCGACUGGGGUGAUGCCAAUCUGGUCAAGUUCAAUGCGACAAAGACCCAGGCGUGUCUAUUCUCCGCUAAAAGGAGUCCAUUCCAACUGACUCCGACUUUCCAAGGAGUGUCCGUGCCGAUUUCUGACCACCUCGAGCUUCUUGAUAUCACCUUAACGCCUACUCUGAACUUUGGUUUAUAUAUUGAAUCAAAAGCCCAAGUAGCCUCGAAAAAGCUUGGUAUUCUGGCCAAGGCGAUGUCCAUAGACACAGACAAAUUACUACACGAAUUACUUCAUAAAAUAACAAAUGAACGAGACUAUAAGAAUUGUAAAUUAGAUAUUAAGCAAAUCUCAAGUGAAGGUGCAAACUUUUCAAGUGCUCUUUACACAGUCACUAUAACAGAACAAGGGAAAGAAGAUAUAAAUAUCUUCGUAAAAGUCGCGAAUUUAAGCGAGGGCGUUAGAGCGAGCACACCUUUUGAUGUAUUCAAAAUAGAAAUACUAUUCUAUACAGAUGUUAUUAAAACAUACAAACAAUUAGAGGAAAAGCACAAUGUGCCCAUUGAACAUAGGCUUGUGACGCCUGAAGUGUAUGGCAUCAAUCCUAAAUACUUCGAGGAAACUAUUGCUAUGGAGAAUCUGAUAUCCAAAGGGUACCAGAUGUUCGAUAGAUUCGAAACUAUAAACUGGAACUACUCUAAGGAGUCUCUGACACAACUUGCGAAACUUCACGCCCUAUCUAUAGCAUUUUCUAUUGAACAGCCAGAAAAGUUUGAUGAAAUAACAAAGAAUAUCAGAAUGAAUGUUGAUGUGAACGUUAUGAAGCACGCGUUUAAGAUGACGCUGAUGAAAAUACAAGAAUCUGCGAAGGAUGAGCACAGAGAUCGCUUGAAACAGUUCAUGGAAAACGCUAUGUCAUCUGACAAAAUUGUGUAUAUGAUGAAACCAAUAAACCGCACGAUCCUAGCUCAUGGCGACUAUCGACCCAAUAACUUAAUGCAUAAAUUACGAGAGGAUGGUACAUAUGACAUUAUACCAAUCGACUAUCAGAUGAUGAACCGCAGCAACCCUAUACUAGACGUCUUAUAUUUUCUAUUCAACGGAUCUGAUAAAGAAUUUCGAGCUGAAUACUUUAGAAAGUCAUUGGACCAUUACUACAAUGAACUCUGUGCAUCUCUAACAAGAUUGGACUUGAAUCCUGAAGAGAUAUAUCCUAAGGAAGACUUCGAAUAUGAAUUGAAAGAGGUGUUACCUCUCGCCUUAUUCGUGAGUCUGAUGCUGCUAAUGUCUAUCACCGUAGAACUGGAAAAUGUUCCUAAAUAUGAUGAAAUGUCAGACAUUAAGGAUCUGUAUUGCACGCCCAGUGAAGCUUACAAGAUAAGGAUGAACGACCUUCUAGAAGACUGUAUUGACAUGGGUGUCCUUUAA